AUGUCAAGAGAUCCUGUUCUUGUUCUACCGGACUUAGGUAAAGCUUUUGAGAUACAAACGGAUGCAUCUGAUUUUGCUUUGGGUGGUGUUCUUUUGCAGGAUGGUCACCCAAUUGCUUAUGAGAGUAGGAAGCUCAAUGAUGCUGAGCGGAGAUAUCCAGCUCAUGAGAAAGAGUUGCUUGCAGUAGUGCAUUGUCUGAGGACUUGGAGGCACUACAUCUUGGGCUCACAGUUUGUUGUGAAGACUAACAACACAACAAACUGUGAGGAUGUUUGUGCAAAAGAAUACGAAAAACAAGCCUUUUCCCUCGCUAUCUCUCUCUCAUCACUGUCAGUGUUCCCUCGCUCUGCGUUACAUUCGAACCCUACAUUUUCUCUGUCCGACACUAAAUCUUCUUCAAUCUCUCUCGAUCCAGCCUACAUUACUCGCUAUACAAGGCAAGAUUUCAUCGGCUCAGUUUGCCGAUCUCUGGUUUUCAAGCCCUCUGACGAUGGAGGUGUCUUCGGAGGCUUCGUUGAGAAGAUCGGCUCCAUCAUUCGCAAAUCGGGAAUCGGACUCUUCUCGAAGCCUCCAGUCCCUGCACUUCCACCGAUUGCCAAGUCUGAUGCGAUCAAAGUCAAGAAAGACGACGCACCGAUUGCCAAGUCUACUGCGAUCAAAGUCAAGAAAGACGACGCCCCGACGAUCCGGUGGAGGAAAGGUGAAUUGAUCGGUUGCGGCGCAUUUGGAAGGGUUUAUAUGGGACUCAAUAUCGAUUCUGGAGCUCUUCUAGCCAUCAAGCAGGUUUCAAUUGCAGGCAACAGUGCUGCAAAAGAGAAAACACAGGGAGCUAAUAUCCUUGUUGAUAAUAAGGGGUGCAUAAAACUUGCAGACUUUGAUGCAUCAAAGAAAGUUGUUAAGCUGUUUAUUUUGUUUUCUUUCCAAGGUAAUAUUAUGUCAAAUUAUUUUAUACCCGAGUUAUGUAUGUUGCUAGUACAGGCUACCAUGACUGGUCCAAAGUCAAUGAAGGGUACUCCAUAUUGGAUGGCUCCAGAAGUUAUCCUUCAAACCGGUCAUAGCUUCUCUGCUGAUAUAUGGAGUGUUGGAUGUACGGUUAUUGAGAUGGCUACAGGAAAGCCUCCUUGGAGCCAGCAGUAUCAGGAGGUUGCUGCUCUCCUCCAUAUCGGGACAACUAAAUCUCAUCCACCCAUCCCUGAGCAUCUCUCUGCUGAAGCAACAGAUUUUUUGUUAAAAUGUUUGCAGAAGGAACCAAACUUAAGGCCUGCUGCAUCAGAUCUGCUGCAGCAUCCAUUUGUUACUAGGGAGUAUCAGGAAACCUAUACUGUGUUACGCGCUUCAGUUAAGGAAAAUUCUGGAAAAAAGAUGGCAACACCUGAGAUGGAGCUUAAGAACUCCAUGGACCCUAUUAUCAGGACAACCUACACACAAUUGAAGGAUGUUCAUAAUAGUGUGAGGUGCUCAACUGUUUAUCCUGAGAAGUUCCUAGGAAAUGUCCCACAUUGGGGAUCAGGAAAUUGUGAUGACGACAUGUGUCAAAUAGAUGAUGAAGAUGAUCUUGUGAUUGGAGCAUCAGCAAAGUUUGAUUUUACUUUACUUUCUGAUGAUUUUAAUAAGAGGUUUAAUCCUAUGUUUGAGCCGGACGAUAAUUGGCCAUGCAAGUUUGAUGACACUCCAGAGAAGUUCCCAGGAAAUGUCCCACAUUGGGGAUCAGGCAAUUGUGAUGAUUACAUGUGUCGGAUAGAUGAUGAAGAUGAGUUUGUGAUUGGAGCAUCAGCAAAGUUUGAUUCUGCUUUACUUUCUGAUGAUUUUAAUAAGAGUUUUAAUCCUAUGUCUGAGCCUGACGAUAAUUGGCCAUGCAAGUCUGAUGACACUCCAGAGUUAGAAAGUAGAGUGAACUUAUUUUCUGGUCAAACAGUUAACAAGUCUGCUGACAUCACUCGAGCAUCGGGUAAGGGUAACAAUGAUUUCACAUUUCCAUGUGGGCCCUUAGUAGCUGAGGAUGAUGAUGAUGAAGUGCUUGUGGCGAAGGCGGUUCAUGGCGGUUUGUUGCAGGGACUUGAUGUGGAUUAUUCGGGAUCAGGCCAUUGUGAUGACGACAUGUGUCAGAUAGAUGAUGAAGAUGAUUUUGUGAUUGGAGUAUCAACAAAGUUCGAUUCUGCUUUACUUUCUGAUGAUUUUAAUAAGAGUUUUAAUCCUAUGUCUGAGCCUGACGAUAAUUGGCCAUGCAAGUUUGAUGACACUCCAGAGUUAGAAAGUAGAGUGAACUUAUUUUUUGGUCAAAUAGUUAACAAGUCUGCGGACAUCCCUCGAGCAUCGGGUAAGGGUAACAAUGAUUUUACAUUUCCAUGUGGGCCCUUAGUAGCUGAGGAUGAUGAUGAUGAAGUGCUUGUGGCGAAGUUGGAGUGGGGUGAUUCUGCAACUGUUUACGUUGCCUGUACUACUAGCUCCGGAACUUAUUCCCAAUGUGUAUCAAAUAUUGGCACUGAAAGUGUUCAAACUCUAUCGCAAGUACAAUCACCUAAGCCUAGUGAAUGGAAAGAGAUUGUUCGUGAUGAUCAGGAGCUGAUUAAUCCAAGCACAAGCUUCUGUGAGAGAAAAAGAAUAUGGGAAGAAGAGCUUUAUGAAGAGCUUGAAAGGAAACGAGGCAAGUGA